GGCAGAGGGGAGCGAGUAUCGAUUGUACCAACUGACCAAGUUCUACAAGGACAGACUCAAACAUGCAAUUGAAGAAAAAGUUGAAAGACUCGGUUGGAUGUUGACAAAGGAGGGACAUUUCAGUCGAGAGAAAAUGAGAAAGUCACUGAACUGACAGAGAAGGGAAACCGGACAGAGAGUUCCAGACUCUUCCUCAGUUUGGUGAUGGACAAAGGCUCCCGGGCCCGGAGGGCGAUGUGGGAAUCCUUUGUGAUGUGGAGGACUGAGUUACCGAAGUUGGACAGGAUACUGAGGGAGAUACAGGAGCUCGGUCCUGACCCAGAGGAAUACAUGAACAUUGCACAAGGGUUGUCUGAGUUACCCACUGAACUGACAGAUGUUCAACAGAAACACAAGGAGACUCUGCGGGCACAAACUGAAACACUGAGAGUGAACACGAUCCUGAUGAGGGAGAAGGUGAAGGUUUUCCAGCUGAUUGAUCGAUACGCUGAGCUCACGGUCAUUUCUACCUUUCGUAAUCGGAGACUGGUGGAACAUGAGCUGCUGGCAAGAGGCAGAGACCACGAGAAGUGGAGACAGAAACAUCUCCGCAGGGAGCUGGAAAAAAUCCGGACUGAUCAGUUGUUCCAGAGCAGCUUUUCCCGGAGUAAAUCCAAAUCUGGGAGUUCGGCAGCAGUGGCCGGAGUCCCAGGGAUCGGGAAAACCACAAUGGUACAAAAGAUUGUUUAUGACUGGGCCACGGGAAAAAUUUACCAACAGUUCCAGUUCGUCUUCAGUUUCAAGUUCCGAGAUUUAAACACAAUCAAUUGUACAAUAAACCUCUCGAACCUGGUGCUGUUUUUCUAUCCUUACCUCGGGAAUGUCCUGAAAUCACUGUGGAAGAUACCAGAGGGAAUGUUAUUUAUAUUUGAUGGCUUGGAUGAAUUCAACGACACAAUUGAUUUUGCUGACAGCCGGAAAAACAUAGACCCUCAGGACUCAUGCACAGAUCCUGAAUUCCGGUGCAAGGUGUCUGACAUUGUGUACAGUUUAAUCCAGGGCAAGCUGCUCCCAGGGUGUUCAGUGCUGGUGACCACCCGCCCCACUGUGUUACAUUUACUGGAAACGGCGAAGAUCGAUGUCUGGGCUGAAAUCCUGGGAUUUGUUGGUGAGGAACGGAAGGAAUAUUUCAUCAGGCAUUUUGAAGACCAGACGGUGGCAGCAGCUGUUUUCAAACACGUGCAGGAGAACGAGAUCCUGUACACCAUGAGCUACAACCCCUCCUAUUGCUGGAUCCUCGCUCUGGCACUGGGCCCCUUCUUCGCACAAAGAGUCAGGGACCCGCAGAGAGUUCCCAAGACCAUCACGCAAUUAUACUCCUACUAUAUUUACAACAUCCUGAAAAACCACGGCCGUGAGAUUGAGAACCCCCGUGAUGUGUUACUCAGUGUGGGUCAGAUGGCCUACAGAGGAGUGUCCGAGAAGAAGAUUGUGUUUGCAUACGGAGAUUUGAUCAAGUUCAAUCUGCAGCCUUCCCAGUUCCUGUCCGGGUUCCUGAUGGAGCUUUUGGAGAGAGAUGAUUCUGCCCAGAGCGUGGUGUACACAUUCCCACACCUCACCAUCCAAGAGUUUGUAGCUGCAGUCGCACAAUUCCUGACUGUACAUCCCGAGGAUAUCCUGAAAUUCCUCACUGAAGCCCACAAGACAAAAGAUGGGCGAUUUGAGGUAUUUCUCCGUUUUGUUGCUGGUCUCUCCAACCCAAUGACAGCUCGGGGCCUGGAGGAGUUUCUGGGUCCAUUUCCUCAUCAAACAACCUGCCGGGUGAUUGACUGGGUGAAGGAGGAGGUUAAACGCCAGAGUGGAAACACGAGUGACAUUGGUAGAAGGAGACUCCUGAACACAUUGCACUACCUGUUUGAGUCUCAGAAUCGUGGACUGGCUCAGGCCACACUGGGAUGUGUGGAAACACUUUCAUUCAGUGGAAUGACACUGACCCCGGUUGACUGCGCCGUCCUGUCUCAUGCCAUCGGACACUGUGAUACUAUAAAACACCUCGACCUGGAGUUCUGCAACAUUCAGUGUGAAGGAAUCCAGCGGCUGGGACCCGGGCUACACAAGUGCCAGGAGUUGAGACUUGGGUGGCAUGACCUGGGAGAUUCUGGAGUGAAACUGGUGUGUGCGGCUCUGAGGAACCCGGAGUGUAAAAUACAGAGACUGUGGCUGGGGGAAGUCGGUCUCACAGAUUCUGGGGCCGAAGAUCUCGUCUCCGCUCUCAGUACAAAACCAUCCCUGACGGAGCUGGACCUGAGUAAUAAUGAACUGGGAGAUUCAGGAGUGAAACUGGUGUCUGCGGCUCUGAGGAACCAGGAGUGUAAAAUACAGAGACUGUGGCUGUACGGGAAUCGGUUCAGUGAGACCGGGAAGAAGGAACUGAGAUCUCUACGGGGAUUCAGAGCCGGACUGGAAGUGUUUACAUGAACAUCUGAAUGUGUCAACAUGCCCGCCCGCCGGAUGGAGCCGAUUUCCCCCUCCCCUUUAACUCCCCCUCCCCUUUAACUCCCGCCCUUACCUUUAAUGGCCAGGCGCGGGGGCUGAUUGCCAACGGUUUUAACGGAACUGGCUCCGGUCUCGAGCUCGGUGAUAUCGGAAGCGCUCCCGCAGUGACGUAUUUCCACCCGUUGUCCGGCGGCGCAGCUUCCGCCGGAUGUGCGGGUUCGAGACUCUCUCGCCUGACACCCCGGGGAUUUACCCGGACAGGAGGAGCCCGGGGGGUCGGGGAUCAUUCUGGGACACCGGUGUCCCGGGAGAGAAACAUUUUGCUCCGUUUGCUGGGGACGGUGCAUUCGGCCGUCUGGCCGAUACAAUGAUGUUAAAGUGACAAAUCCCUCAGCAAUGGCCUUGGAUCCGCAGCGAUCCCGGUCACGGCCCUGGAGUGUGAUUGGAUGCAGAGUGACGGCGAGGAACAGGACUGAUUAAUCUACCGGUCACCCGUUGUCACCGGUCGGUUAAUUCUGUGUGACUUAGAGUGAGUCGGGAACAGUGUGGCGACCCAUUUUCUGCGCAGG